CGCAUGUCCGUUUGCACGAAUUCCUGGCGACAAAAUAAACUAAACAACAUGAUACCAGAAAGAUAGCAAUAAUGUAGUACAGGGAGCUAAAGCCAACAAUAUCUGAAUAUGAAUUACGGGUUGUUAAACUUUAAAGCUCAAAAUGGCAAACCUGGGAUAUUUUGGACAAAUGAACAACAGAAGAAGCCUCUGAAGAAGGUUGACUACAAAACAAGAAAACAGCCGUUUGAAAUACGACAUCAUCCCAAAAACUAUGACAGAAUAGAACCAGAGGUUGACAAUAUUCUUAAACCUCUACCAGAUGACAAGCCAAAGGAACCAGAGAAACCGAAAAAGCCAGCCAAAAACUUCAUCCAGAAGAACCGAGAAAGACUAGGCAAGGGCAAGAAAGGGAAGGAGGAUGAAAAGGAUGGGACGGUGACCUUGACCCAGGAGCAGCUGAACGCUAUUUUAGCUUCAGUGGGAAAGGUAGCCUCGGGAGAGGAGGAGAAACUAAAAAUACAUAUAGAUUCAGAGCACAAUGAGGUGACGAUAGAAUCCCCCCGUAGGAGGGAGCACAGUGAUGAUGAAACAGAAAAGCACCACAGAGACCGGUCAGAGAAAGAGAAUGGUCACUCCAAGUCCAGAAAAGACCGUAGGAAGAAGGAGGAUGAUAGUAUCUAUGCUUUAAUGGGCGGAGACACAAAUCGGUCCAAGAAAGACAGGGACCGGAGAACCGAGCGUGAUGGAUCGGAUGAGCGAGAUCAUCAUCACAGAAGGUCACGGGAUGACUCACGAGAACGACACAGGAAAACAGAGCAUGACUACUCAGAAGAAAGAAGCUCUCAUCGAGACAGGAGAUCUCACGAUGACUCGAGAGAUAGAAACCAUUCCCGAGAAAGGUACAAAAACUAUCGUGAUAGAGAUCGUAAUCAGGAUCGUGAGAGGGAGAGGCAUCCCGGCUACGACCCUGAUUACGAUCGUAAAAAGAAACAGGAAGACUCGACAGAGAGGAUUCUAAAAGAUCUGCGACAGAAAGCAGAGGAUCAACUCGAGAAGAGCCGGGGAAAUGACAGACUCAGAGAAUCCAAGUCUAAAGAGAAUGAUAUUAGGGACUCCAAAAAGUAUGAAUCCACAAACCAUCUUUCACCUGACCCUAACAUUGAAAAUAUCUCCCCCCGAGAGAUAGCUGGUAUCCCUGUGUCCCUCCCCUGGAAGCACAUGACUGUAGCCGAAAGGCGGAGGUUAAUGAUUGCUCGAGAGAAGGUUAUAGCAGAGGCUGAAAAGAGAAAGGAGGAGGGAGUGAAAUCUAAGUGGAGGGAAAUGGUGAAGGAGGAAACUGAGAAGUUAGAGACCAGGAAAAAGAAGGAGAGCAGAAGACGCAGUCCCAGCUACUCACCUCCGCGGUCUCGAGAUGGCUCAGGGGAUAGGAGGCGAGACAAUUCUAGGGAUCGCAGAGAACGGUCGCGAGAAAGGAGGCGAGAAAGGGUAUCACCAUCUGACAGACGCGAGUCCAGAUCAAGGGAAAGGAGGCGCAGGUCACCGUCAGAUGAUCGCAGGGAAUCUCACCGAGAGAGGCGAAACUCAAGGGAGAGAUCUCGUGAUGACUCGUCAGACAGAUCGAGACAUAGGUCUCGGAGGCGGUCUCCCUCACCGUCCAAUCGACAGGAGGACAAGACCAGCAACACUAGUGUAGCAACAAAUGUCAGCACCAGGCCCCCCACAAAUAUGUCACUAGCGGAGAAAAAGAGGCUACAGUGGGAAAGGGAAAGAGCGGAGUCACAAGUGGGAUACACCCCCUGGGGAAAGCCUGGAGCAGGUGCCCCUCUGAGGACCAAGUCUGGGAAGCUGGCCGCGGACUACAGAGCUAGACAGGAGGACUAUCCAGAAACUAUUGAUGAGGAAUCACAUACUGUCAAUCAAAACAGUUCCCAGAAUGCAUCUGAGAACAACAAGAGCAGACGACAAAGGAAAGAGUCGGAGAAAAGGGAGGAAGUCCAGAGGAAUCAACAGCCAACUGUUAGUACGUCUAGUCGUAAUGUUCCAGCCGCCAUGAGAAGCUCCUUCAUAUUUGGGCAAAUUGCUCCAGAUGCUGACAUGUAUGAAACGACCAAAGAACAGGAAAGACAACAAUGGCUGAAGGACCUUGAGAGGCAAAGAGAAGAAAAGCGAGAACAGCAGAUCCAAGAUUAUGAGGGUACACACCAAGGGAAGAAUACCUGGGCAGAUAAAUUUUCUAACGAUUACCGCCCUGCACGGCUUCCAGAGCAGCUGCCAGAGACUGUCAGACGUGAAGAUGUCGACGCUGCUGCAGACACGAAUCGUAUCAGCAGUGCUCCUGUUAAUGUGUCGCAGACGAUCAAUGACAGCGAAGACAAAUCAUACAUUAGAGGUCAAAAUGUCUAUAUGGAUCCGGUAACAAAGAAAGAGCUAGAAGAUUCCAGACAGAGACAGCUAGAGCAUCAGAGGGCUGUGAUGGAACAAGUGCAGGAGAAGCAGCGACAGAAACAACUGGAGCGUGAACGAAAGAUGGCGGAAGAUGCAGAGGAGGAGAGAAAACUUCAGGCAGAGCGUGACCGCCUACAGCGACAGUUUGAAAUGGAACAAAACAAGCUGAAGAUGAGAGAGGUUAAGAGACAAGAAGAGGUGGAGCGUCUGAAGGCGGCCAUGGAUGAGGCUCACGAGAAAGCCAUGAGAGAGAAGUACUCCAGGAAGAUGCAGCACCUAGAACAGGGCGGCCAUGACACCUCCCAUCUCAAGGCUAAUCUAGCAGCUGUACUUGGUGAAGAUUUGACAGAGAGAGAUGCACCUACAAAUCGUCAGGGCUAUGAGACUUUGCGGAAUGCCCAGCCUUUAGCAAAAAUAACCCCAAGAGGAGACCCAAACCACAUUGUUCCCAGUCAAGUUCCUGGUCUGGAUCUGGAGUUAUCUCCCCGUGCUAUAGGUCCACCAACAGCCCAGUACACACAGAAGGACUCGUACCACGAACCUCAUUACAUCGAAAACCGAGUCUUAACCCCCAAUAAAUACAGACAACACGGCCACACAUCCGAGUUUGGCACUCAGACUGGUAUGAAUGCUCAAUAUCAGAUGGACACUGAUAGAGAUGAAGAUACUCCUUUGGAGUCAAGAAGAGCCUUAGAGACCAAGAGAGAAGCCACUGAUGUGGGCAUUAUGUACAAGUUAGUGAAUGGAAAGAGAGUACGUGUGAAGAGCGCUCCCAAAGAGGAACUCCAGAAAAACCGAGAACAAAGAGAAAUUCCCAGAAAGAAAGCCGCAGAGAAAAAGAAAGAUAAAAAACUCUGGAAUUACCAAAAUAAAAAUCUAAAGAAGCCAAUCAAACAGUCAGAGAAAGAUCCCUUAUAUCUGAAGAAAAAGGAGGAGAGUCGAGUAAGAAGGCAACAAAGGGAACAGCGACUUCUGGAGAUGGUGGAGAAAAACAGGGAUAUUAUCCCCACGGAAAGGCAGAACAGGACCCCGGGGCAUUCACGGGAACACUCUCCCUUCUCAGAGGGGGGCCGCACUCCUAGGAGUACAGUGAAGGAAUACAGUGCUUAUAGUGUAAGAAGAGCUAGAUCCCACUCUCCAGAUAGGAGUGACUCCCGGACAGCCACUAGAACACUAGAAAGGACUGACUCCCCCCCAAACAGGAAGUCUCCCGUCAGUCAUCAUUCCAUCUCACCUGUUCCCACUGGGAGACGGUCCCCACCUAUUCCUGCUCUACGAAAUAGGAACACAGAUAGGAAUUCUAAUUAUCUAGCAAUAGACUAUGAUGCCUCAGGGAUUGGGACUAGGGUGGUGAAUAGUAAAUAUAACGAUGGGGAUCCACUGGAAAUCCCUGUGGGAAACAGUGACUUUGUGCCAUUUCUGAGGACUGUUGAUAUACUGGACCCCGCCAAGGCUUCCUCGCCAAUGCCACUCUCAAGAGAGGCAACACAAGUGGCCAAUGCCAGAAAAGCUUACAUUAAGGGGAUGAAGCCUGGUAACUAUGGCAACAGGGUGGACACCUAUCAGGAUAGGAUGAGGCUGCCCAAUGAGAGGAGGCAAAAAGACCCCAUCCUGAACCCAUCACUAGUCACAGAUCACCCGACACAGAGACAGGAUGCCAUCUUACAGCAGCUGUCUACCAUGAGAGAGAAUCUUAUGCAGAGACAGCGUGAAUUAGAGACGUUCUCUCCCACUGAUUUAGAAUAGUGCUACUUCAACUCUGAUGUUUUAUAGAAAAGUUCGAAUUUUAAAUGAAAGAGAUUCCAUUGUUACGUAGUAUCUUUGUCUCCACAUGGAGAUAAUGUAUCCAUAGAAGAUAUGGUCAUGUGAAGCUGUGCUUUGUAAAUAAUCAGCAAGAUCUGUUUGCAUGACAUGAAGAUUUGUGAUUGCUCUUGCCAGCUAGCUACAUUGUAUCACAGUACAAUUAAUUUUUCAGCAUAUUUUUAAGUAAUCGAUAUUUUGUGCCAAAUUUAAGAUAUUAUACAUGUAUAUGAGAGUAUAGUGCCACUUCCUUUUAAAAAUAUCACAACAGAAUUUUCAUUAAAUUUAUUAUGAUUUUGUAUGAUCAAUUUUUAUUGUCUUGGUUGAGAAUUAUAUCUAGUUGAUUCUAGAUAAAAUAUUUUAUUGUAAUGAGAAUUCACACAUAUUUUUCCAAAUAUGAAAAUAUUGUAUCGUAAGAUCUCAACUGUUUAAUACCCACGAAUGGGGAAAUUACAAAGAUACACAUAAAUGUAUGGUAAAAAGUGCCCAGUGUUUCGUAACUAAGAAAGCUUAAACAUAUAGGACAUUCCUUUAGGGCCUUACAUAUAAUUAUUAGUUGUAGGUUUAUGAUAGUAUAAGUAAGAGUUUCUGAAUGUUGUUUCCAGCAACACAAUUCCAGCAUAUAAAACGGAGUGUAACAAAUUUCUAUGUUGCUAUUUUUUCGCAUAUUUUUCUGUCCAGUUUUAGCAAAUAAUUGGAAUAAUAACAUAGAUAUGAAAUCUGGUCUUGUUACCCAAAUUUGGUGCUUGAACAGCAUUUCUCAUUUCAGAGUGAUUUGAUAGGAAGUACACAUUUUAUGCAUCAAAGUAAUUACCGUAGUAUGGAAUUGAACAUUAAAUGUACUGAAAUGGCUCUUUCUAUGUAAUGACCUACAGCAUUUUUAUUUUGUAACAAAAGGCCUUCUUUAGAAGAGCAAAGACUUAUUAUAAUCUUAGAUUUUGAUGUAUGACAUAGUAAAGAGGAAGUAAUAUAUGUAUAAUACGAAUUGUUUAGUUGUUAUUUAUUCACAAAGUUCUGACAGAUUUAAAUGAAAUUCUGUUUAUUUCUGAUAUGUGGAAUUUUGUCAGAAUCUUUUAUAGCAAACUAAAAAUAAAUAUUU